AUGAUGGGUCAUUUCUGGGCGGCCCGGGAAUACUUGACGCCAACGCUGAAAACAUCGGCGUUUUUGGAAAAAGGCGUAUUGACACCUGACGAGUUUGUCCGAGCCGGAGACGAGCUUGUGUUUCGGUGUCCUACUUGGAGUUGGCAAGGCAACAGUAGGGGUAGCGGUUCCCAGGCGUCUGCGACAAAAACAUAUUUGCCUGCCGGGAAGCAAUACUUGGUUACGCGGAAUGUUCCGUGUCAAGCAAGAGUGGCGAGUAUGGAAACGGCGAUGGACUUGCAACGGGGUGAAGAUGAUGAAGGGGAUUGGCUGAUUUCGAAUUUCAUCCAGCAUAAGGAACGAUGCAUUGAAGACGAGUUCGAUAUUUUGGACGAGACUGGGGAAAUUAUGGAUGUGCCCAAAACGGCUACUCUGGAAGAAAGUGAUGGUAACGAUGAAUAUGCCGACAUGGCAGACUUUGAAGACGACAAUGUUAUCAGGGAUGACGUUGCUACGGCGGUGGUCGUAGAUCGCGAUGAUAAUCUCAUCAAGACUCGCACAUAUGAUUUGUCCAUAACCUAUGACAAAUACUAUCAAACUCCCCGGGUAUGGAUGAUGGGCAUGUCCGCGGAAGGGCAGCCCCUUUCGGGACAGGAAAUGAUGGAAGAUGUAAUCUCCGAUUACGCUAACAAAACGGUCACAAUUGAAGCUCAUCCUCAUGUGAGUGGACCACAUGCUAGUAUCCAUCCCUGUCAGCAUGGAAAAGUGAUGAAAACGAUUGUGCGCAAUCUCAUGCAGUCCUCCACUGAUGGAGACGAAGGGCCUUCGGUAGAAAUGUACAUCUUCAUCUUUCUAAAGUUCGUGAGUUCCAUCAUUCCCACCAUUAAUUACGACUUCACCAUGGAUGUCACCGCAUCGACGAGUAAAUGA